AUGAGUCUGUCCGGGAAGCAGCGGUUCUCCGCCAACUCUUUCUCCGGGUUCGGGAGCCGGAAGAUGGCAUUGUCCUCCGCCGGGGGGUCGUCAAUGCGCUCCAGCUUCGGGAGCAGAAUGGGCAUUGGGGUCGGAGGAGGAGGCGCUAGUCUCGGCUUCGGGAAGGGCUUUGGAGACGGUGGAGGAGGAGGGUUCAGGAUGUCAUCCUCCAGCCACAUGGCAGGUCUGGGGAGUGGGAUGAGCACCGGUGGCGGCGGCAGCGGGAUGUUCGGGGGCGGUGGAGGCGGUGGAGGAGGAGGUUUCGGGUACGGUGGAAGUGUUGAGGACACGUCCCUCGGGUUCGCCGGUAACGAGAAGCAGCACAUGCACAACCUGAACGACCGCCUGGCAACCUACAUGGAGAAGGUUCGCCAGCUGGAGGCCACCAACCACCAGCUGGAGGAGAAGCUGAAGACCUUCACCUUCAACAAGGUGGAGGCGCAUGACCUGACCAUCUACGACGCAACCCUCAAACCCCUCAUGGAGCAGCUCAUGGCUUUCCUGAUACAGAACACUCAGAUUGCCGUGGAGAUCGACAACGCCAAGCUGACUGCUGACGACUUCAGAGUCAAGUGGGAGAAUGAGCUGUCUUUGCGCCAGUGUGUGGAGGGGGACAUCGGGGGUCUGAGGAACCUGCAGCGGGAGUUUGAGAUGAACAUUACAGCCAUGAUGCAGGACCUGCAGGGGUACCAGAACGAACGGGUCUCCAUGGCGAAGAGCCAUGAAGAGGAGCUGUUGUCCAUGCGUGGGGGGAUGACGGGCCAGGUGAACGUGGAUGUCCAGGCUGCUAAGAGCCAGGACUUGUCUCUGAUGCUGGCUGAAGUCAGGUCGGAGUACGAGGCGGCCGUGGAGAAAAACCGCAGACAGGCCGAGGCCUGGUACAUGAAACAGGUGGAGAUGAAGCAGGCAGAGUCGGCGGUGGUGAUGGAGACGACCACGACGACCACGUCGGAGAUGACGGAGUUACGGAACCGCUACCAGACCCUACAGAUGGAAUACCAGGGACUACCGAACCUAGAGGCCAGGCUGUUGGAGGUUCAGUCCCAGUUCCAGCAACGUCUGUCUGGGUAUAGUGGCAAGGUGAUGGGCCUGGAGGGAGAACUGACCUCCAUAAGGGCCAGCACCACUGAGCAGAGCCAGGACUACCAGAUCCUUCUGAACAUCAAGAGUCGUCUAGAGAUGGAGAUCCAGCAGUAUAAGCAUCUGCUGGAGGGAGCCGGCCUGGGAGGGGGCAUGGUGGUUUCUGGAGGGGCCGGGAGGUCGGCAGGUAAAACUUGUUAG